CCUACCGGCCGCUCUCCUCUAUGGCGGCGGUGGCCGCAGGGGCAGGUGGAGGCUCGGCGGCGCUGGGCGACAGCGGAGCCAUCGACUACUCGGUGCAUGAGGCGUGGAACGAGGCCACCAACGUCUACUUGCUGGUGGUGUUGGCCAGCCUCGCCCUCCUGGUCUACGCCCGGCGGAACAAGAGGAGGAUCAUGCGCAUCUUCACGCUGCCCCCAGCCGCCGAGACGCCGCCUGAGCCCAACUUCUAUGAUAGCAUGAAAAAGAUCCGCCUGAGGCAGCAGCUGGAGAUGUACUCCAUCGCAAGGAAGUAUGAGCAGCAGCAGCAGCAACCACCAAAACAGACUGAAAGCGUGCAGCUCUCAGUGGAGUGAAGUCCACACUUGUAGGACCUCAGGAUAUAUUUCCAGUGCUGAUGGCAAGAGUCAGUGCGGAGCGAUUGUCAAUGCCUCUUAAUCCAUGCAUAGCUGAAGGCGAGAGGCAAAAGAAGGGGACUCUUCUAAAAACUUUGUUCUUGGCAGCUUUUCUCUGAGACCCAUGAAAUAAGUGUUGGAUGCCUCCUGAAAUAUUCAGCAUGAAAGUAUCAAACACAGGGCACAGCUGCUCAGAGAAGCCUCUGAGGGUAGAGAAAUACCCUCUAACCAGUGUUUUAAUUUAUUUUUCUCUGCCAGCACCUCAGAAAUCAGCUCCCACCUUCUCUGGUAAUGAGAAAGCAGGGCAGUACCUAACUGCCUGGAAGCUAUUUUGUUCCUUGCAUAUACAAUACUGUGAACAGUUCCUAGAUCAGCUUGGAGGACAGAGAAGUACACAGUGCUGUGAACUGCAUGUCUUGAAGACACUUAAAGCCAAUACUGUGUUUAUAGCAAAGGUGGUUAGCUUGAUUUAGCCAAAAUGCUUUAAAGAAUGGGACUGUGUGUAAAAAUGUGCAUAAGCAGGAAGAUCAUUGUUUAUCCAGAAUAAACCUCACACCCUGGUUACUUUUUUCUAGGUAAAUCACAAAUCUGAAGAAUACUGCAGAAAUUGCUUAAUAAAAACAUCUAAUCCUGAAAACUACUCAAAAGAUAUAACACACUGUAAUUCCUAAUGUUACAUGUCUUGAGAAGGCCAAGUGGUGGAUGUCAAGAGCACAGGGUGCUGGCAACGGAUGCCCAGAAAGUUUUUUACCCAUUUCUGUUCUGAAAUACAUCAAGUCUUGGAGCAGUAGUAUAAACACAUUGCAGUUGCAAUCGUGUAUGAGAAAACUUUGCUUUAUUCACCAAAGCUUGUUUAUCAGACUGUAAUUACCUGUACUUCAGUGUCUGCAGGGAUGGUAAAACAUCAUCUGGGCCAUAGUGAGGUGG